AUGAGCUCACUAGUUGUGAACCGGGGAACGGAGGAGGUUAUGAGGAAACUUGACCUCGAGAACACUCUCAUCUCAAGGAUGCAGGACGAGCCCACAUUGCCCAUCAAUGCCACUGGUUUCGUCACCAACUCUGCCGCCUCUACCAUCAGCCCGCUGAAAGCCAGGCUGGUUCAUCUAUUCGUCGAACUGGUACAUUGCCGGUACCUUCAUGCGGACCCUGAGAGCAGGUUUGCCAACAACACCACCGUUGUUGGGCGUAACUUCAACUUUUCGGGGAUGAUUCCUUCGGACGCAAACACCGCCGCGGUGGCACAUACCGCAGCGGACCUUCGCAUGCUCCGAGCAAUCGUCAACGGUACGUGGGAACCACCAGCAAGCGACCCAGGCGCGCGCCUUGAUAACAGGUCGUUGGGCGUCGCCGAGGGUGGAAUCUUCCGUCUCUCGGAAACACACCAUCAGGUGCAGAACAGGCUGAAAGACCAGUUCAGACUUAGGUACGGGGGCAAGCCAGAGCGUGAGGUCCACACGAUGGCUGUUGAGGAGCGUAUGCGUGGCUACCCAUGGAUACUUGACGCACGCAACGCAACCCCUCCCGCGAGCAACGCUCCUGCGGACAUCGCAAGAUGGCGAGCUGGUUUGCCACGCGCCACCCCAGGCGAGGUUAUGCCACAUCAACUCGGUAUGAUCUACCUCGUCGAGGAGACCUACAGGGGACAGCUGUCCUUCAGUGACAAGACACCGGUCUGGAAGACUCGGCUUGUGCCGCAAGCCCUCUACAUCCUCCAAGACCCCACUACCACCUCUGAGCUGGAGGGACUCGGUCCUAUGAUCGAGUUCACUCCCUCCAAGCGACCCCGCGAAGAGGAUGAAGACUCAUCCCCCUCUUCCAAGCGUGUGAACUCUAGUCAAUAG